UGGAUUUGAAGUGUUUUUCUCUGAAGGGUUUAACCAUAAAAAUCGACGCUUCGAUCAGUUGCUCCUUGUUUAAAUAAAAGAUAAGUCGUAUAGUUCGAUUUCCAUGCAUUUUUUUCUGUUAUGCCUUGUGAAAUGGCAGGAAAAGUAAUUAAGGUGGAGGUUGAAGAUUUCCGUGACAUCUUGCUUCGAGUUUCACCGUACAUUGUCCGCCAGUGGAAGGAAGUUUGUCGUGACCUAGGUGUACCGGAAAUGGAUCUAUUUCACCUGGAAAAAGCUAGUUACAGUACAAAACUGUCCAACUUAGCGUACCGUGGUCUUUGUCUUUGGUAUGAACGGAUUGGCAAGGCUGCAACAAAAGACAAACUAAUUUCUGCGCUCAAAAGGAACGGACUGCGCAGAGCCGAAGAAGAGGUAGAGAGUAUUAACCUGAAACAGCUGAUUGUCCGACCCUCUUCGUCACUACCUAUAUCUACCAGAGUCCAGUCUGCCAAAAGGAAGAAAUCGACAGGUGCACCGCCCUCUUUGCAAAGAUUGAGAAGCGGAAGCGCCAAAUCUGCCAGGAUAAGAGCGGCAAAACAGAAGUACAAGAAGGAAGAUAAAUCAUGUAACCUUUCACUGCGAAUAAGAGUGGCUCAAAUUGCCGCUCAGGAAGAAAUAAAUGGAUAUUGGCGGGAAAAAUGUCGCGAUUUAUGCGAAUCAUUUUACUCGUUGGUUUUAGAUAAUUGUGAGGAUUAUAUUCUUGGACUAGAGAAAACAAUUGAUAUGACUGAGGUUGUUGUCAAUGACGUCAGAAAAGACAGUGUGAUUUUUGCAAGUGUUCAGUUUGGAACUCUCGGAGCUCUCGAGUCGAUCAACCAAAUGUACAAAUCUAAGAGACUGAAUUCGAUCUGCCAGGCAGUGUUUGUAAAUGAACAAACUUUAAAAUAUCUGGGAGUAAAAAGUUUAACGUUAGAUGUAAGCAUUGAUUCGAAUGAAAUUGAGGAAUGCAGAGACUGCCUUUUGUCCAGGAAGUUUAGAGAAAGCACCGUGUUUCAUCCCACAGAUACACUGACUGAUCCAAAUACUGAAGAACCGAAUGUAGACAGAAUACCGGAACUCAAAGGGAAGAAAAAAAGGAGCAAUAUUGACUUGUCAGAAUGCAAAAAGCGGUUCACGACCAAACUCGAAAAAUUAAAGCAUCGAUACGCUGUGUUUGAUGAACAUAUAAAUGAGUUCUUGAGAACACUCCAAAUUGUGCUUCCAAAAGGCGAGGAAAGUAUUUCAAACCUUGCGGGUGUUAUUCGUCUUCUUUCCUACUUGCUCUCGACCGAGGGUGUGGGAUCUGGAGUUCGAACGGAUCUCCUUCGAGAAUAUCUUGCCAUUGUAAACAACAUCCGGUUAUUUGUGGAGAACUUCCGGGGGGAAUGUGAUGAAUUGCUAAGCGACAGUGAAACAGAAGAUAUGGAUUCUGAUUACGGUGGUAAAAUUGUGAAAUGUUUGCUAGACAAUGUAGAAGACAUGCUCCAGAUUGAUCAUUUAUUUGAGGAAGACACUAGUGUGUUAGACCGGAAGUUAAAUACAUAUGAGCAGACAUUUUGUGGAAUGUUGUGUUAUAUUCCACUCUUAUUUGAGAAGUUAUCAACAGUUCUUCACACUUUACCAACAAACGCAACAUCAAAUGCAUAA